UUUGACAAUAUUGACAAUUUGACACGUAUGAAAAUGAAUAAGUUGAAUAGUAUCGAGUCGACAGAACUUAUAUAAAAUAUUUUUAUUCGACGUAUAUUAUUAGAGUUAAAAUACGUUGUGUUCGUAAAUUAGAAUAAUGGCACCAUCGACGGACUGGGAUGAAAUAAAGCGUCUAGCAGCUGACUUUCAGAAAGCGCAAUUAAGCUCCACAGCACAAAGAUUAUCGGAGCGAAACUGUAUUGAAAUUGUAUCUAAGUUAAUAGAGCUUAAAUUAAUUGAUGUGAUUUUCACAACUGAUGGUAAAGAGUACUUAACACCACAGCAACUUGUCAGGGAAAUUAAAGAUGAAUUGUAUGUCCGUGGUGGUCGUGUGAACACUGUUGAUUUGGCUAAGGAGUUGAACGUAGAUCUAAACCAAAUUAACAUUCAUUUAUCUGAAAUUAUAAAAGGAAAGGAGGUACAACUGGUUUCAGGAUAUUUAAUUGCUCAUUAUUAUUUAGAAAAAAUUGCAAGAGAGAUUAACGAAAAGUUGCAAUUACAAGGACAAAUAUCAGUUGGAGAUUUAACACUGCAAUAUGAUUUACCAGCAGAUCUAUUACAACAUGGUGUUUUGGAAAGAUAUAUGGGAAAAAUUAUUCGAGCAAAACAAGAUCCCUCAGAUCCAAGAAUUUUUUACACUGAAGAAUACAUAAUGAGGACUAAAGCAAAGAUUAGAGGAGCUUUAAUGGGUCUGCUAAAGCCUACACCAGUUAGUUUAAUCAUCAGUCAUUGUAACAUAGCAGAGCGUUUAUUUAUGUAUCUUUUUGAUCAAUUGAAUACUCCCGGUGUGCUUACUGGGCGUCAAUCUGGGGCUCAGUAUGUACCAUCUUGUUAUACAAAAUCUCAAAAUGAGUGGGUAAUCAAUUUCUACAAACAAAAUAAUUACUUGGAAUAUGAUGCAUUAACCCGUUUAGGUAUAUCUGACCCAAAAGGUUAUGUUAAAAGAGUUUUGGGAAAUGAAGACUUGAAUUUCUUGAACAGUUGUGUUAUUGGUUCACAAAUAAAUCAACAGCUGGAGACUGCCUUAGAAGAAUGCAUUUCUUCAAAAAGUUAUUUAGAUGUUGUGUCACUACUGCCAUCAGUUCUGUCAGACGAGGAUAUAGACAAUUUGCUUGAACCAUUGCUGAAGAAAAACUCAAGACAAACUAUUUUGUUUGAUAAAACAGUGUUUAGCAACAAUUUUAUAGAAAAUUUGAAGCAAUCUUGCAUGCCAGUCACUCAGAAAAAUGCAGAAACUGUUGUUAAAUCCGGCAAGUACCAACAGUUUUAUCUUGAGAAGCAACUUGCCAAAUCUGAUGGUCAACAAGCAGUCCAAUUUGAUCAUAAAGCUGAAAGGCGUGAAGAGCGUAGGAAAAAAGCAAGUUCUGGCAAAGGAGGUGGAGGUACACAGGGCAGAGAAACUAAAACAAAAGCUGUCAAGAAACAUAGUAGAUUUAAACAAGUUACUCACGACUCGGACUCUGAUGACGCAUCAAGUGUAGCUAAGAAAACCCCAACUAACUUAGAAAUUAUUAGUAUUGAAGAUAUCGAAAAUUGUAUCAAAGAACAGUUGGAAGAUGAAAGUCUUGAUGACUUAUUGACUCAGAUAGCUGAAUAUCUUCAAGGACAUCUCAAUCAAACUGCUUUGACUAUAGCAAAGGAAUUAGCUGAAAAAUUGUUACAAGAUGCUAAUCAAAACAGAAAACAAACACAUUCUUCUGCUCAAGAUCGUAUUAAUGUUCUUGUAAAUGACAUGAAGUUAUAUGAAAAAGGUUUAAAACUAUUUCUAAGUGAUCAACAACCACAAUUUGUUAAAUAUUUGUUGAAAUCCUUCGGAGGAGAUAUUUUAUCAGAAUUUUGCAAAUAUGCAGCAAAUCAGUGCAAUCUUUCAGUUCAAGUAGAUGAUUUAUCAGUAGAGCAAAGGAAUAAAAUUAUAAAUGAUUUGUCAGAUGAGUAUAAGAAACCUUUAAAAAGUCUAAAUUCAACAAUAUCUGAACAAAAUAUGGAACAAUUUUACCAAGCUAUAGAUGUAUGUUUAUCAGAAUGUGGCAUGAUACUGAAAAAAAUUGAUAAAAAAAAGGAUAAACUUUUGGUGCAAAAUCACAGAGAGAAACUUAUACAUGAAUUAGAAAAUUGUGAAGAACCAGCUUUGGUUUUACAUUUAGUAGUUCUUGCUUUGUUUACAAUACUAAAUCAGAAUAUGCUUCAUGCAUCUGGGAGACAAGUUCCAAUUAUUAUAACAUUUUUAAAAUCACAAUUAAAAGAAGAACAUUUUGAACAACUUCAAAAGUAUCAUGAACUGGUUACCAAGUAUUUGACGGCUCAGGAAGAUGAAAAAGGAGGUAUUGAAGAAAUAUUAAAAGAGGAGAUGUCAUCAAUAAAAAAUCUUGUGAUUGAAGUAAAGAAAUACUAAAAAGUAUAUGUUAAUAGUGAUAGGGGAAAGUAAACCAGUGAAGCUGCAUUGUUACUUUUCAGUGGGUUUCAAACCUAACCUACACAGCUAAAAUAAGUAGAAUUGGAUGUUAUGUUUGUCUGUUUUGAUAUAAUUCAUUGAAUAAAUACAAUAACACAA